AUGUCCCCAACCUGGUUCAUCACCGGCGCAUCCUCCGGCUUCGGGCUGGACCUCGCCCUCCUCGCCCUCGAAUGCGGCCACAAAGUCAUCGGGACGGUGCGAAACGCCUCCAAGUCCUCCACUGCUGUCACAGCAAUCAAAAGCGCAGGCGGCGAAAUCCUCGAGUUGGACGUCACAAAGCCCGAGAUCGUACCCGGCAUCGUCGAAAAAGCAAACGCCCUCUCCGGCGGCAUCGACAUCCUCGUCAAUAACGCAGGCUACUCGCUCCUCGGCGCGGUCGAGGACAUCUCCGACGCCGAAGCCCACGCGCAGCUUGAAACGAACUUCUUUGGCCCCCUGCGGUUGAUCCGCGCGUUAUUGCCGACGCUGCGCGCUCGCGGGGAUACCACCAUCGUGAACGUCAGCAGUGUUGCGGGGCAGGACGCCCAGCCAGCGUGCGGUCUGUAUGCGGCGUCGAAGUUCGCGCUCGAGGGGCUGUCCGAGGCGUUGGCGCGGGAAGUCGAGCCAUUUGGGAUUUCUGUUUUGAUUGUUGAGCCUGGUGCGUUCCGGACGAAUUUUCUGUCUGCUGUGCAGAAGACGCAGGUGCCGCUUUCGGAGCCGUAUAUUGGUGGGCCAGUGGAUGUUGUUCUGGGGAAGUUUGAGGCUGCGCAGGGGAGGCAGAGGGGGGAUCCGGCCAAGGCGGUUCGGAGGGUGUUUGAGGUUGUCACUGGGACUGGGGAGGCGGGGAGUCUUAAGGGGAAGGUGCUGAGGUUACCGCUUGGUCCGGAUUGCGUGGAGAGGGUUGAGGGGAAGAUGGCUAGGUUGCAGGGGGACUUGGAUGCUGCGAGGGGGGUGGCCAUGGGGACGGAUUUGGAUUAG